AACAGGGGGAGAGGCAGAGGGAGAAGGAGAAGCAGACUCCCCACUGAGCUGGGAGCCCAUCGCAGGCUGAUCCCAGGACCUGGAGAUCAUGACCUAAGCUGAAGGUGGACGCUUAACCAGCUGAGCACACAGGGGCCCCUAAACACAUGGCUUUCAACACCAUUGUUUGCACACUCUGAAAUGUAUUUUUUUAUCCCAACAUUGUCAUAAGCUAGGAAAUAAAGAGGAUUUCAUUGUCACCGUGUGAUUUUGCUAAUGCUUAGUGGUAGUAGCUCCAAAGUUUAUAAAAAAAACUUUGGAACUUCAGUCAUGGACAGUCAGAAGACAGUCUUUCCCCCUCCACAGUGAAAUAAGUCAGCAUUUUUGGAAGCACUGUCCACAUUGUUUGGGACCCCUCUACAUUGCCACCGGAUAAGGAGGGCUGAAACUUGUCUUUCAGCAGAAGGACUUUAGCUAGUAAGUAUGAAAAGAUUGCACUUCCUUUUCUCCUCUGUUAGCUGACACAGGACAGGAGGGCUGGGGGCUCUUUCUGAUGCUCUGAAGAUCCUUUCCGGGAAGCCCCUUCUGUGGGGAUAUCUUAGUGGAUCAUAAGGCUUGUCCAGUCUCCACACUUCAUAAAGUUUUCCUUUAUACGCCCAUCUCAUCAGCAGAGCUAGCCGGGAGGUUUAGGAUUCUUACUCCGUACAGCUAGUGAGUGAGAAGUAAGGCCUCAAGCCAGGUCUUCGCGUGCCGUCUGGCCUUUCACGACAGCCACUUGAUAUAGGAAGGAGGUGGGGAAAGACACCUGAGUCUGGGCGGGGGCUGGGGAUGAGGCACAAUACGGACGCUGUCGACACACACCUCAGCUCCUGUGACAUUUUGCGCAGGACCCGCCCGGACCGGGAAUGACGCCCCCCUGCCCCCGUCAAUUCCUAGUUAUGCCAUCAUCCUCGUCACUGUGUAAGUACGGUGCAUUCCCCGCCUCGGUGCACCGAGCUGCGUGAAGCCGGCUGCCAGCACUGCAGUUGCCCUUGGCGCCACCGCCGGGAGGCCGAGCAGCUGCGGCAUGCGAGCCUCCCUCCGCUGCGAGUCCGGGGCUGCAGCCCCUCCGUUCUGCACACGACCCCGCGGGAGCCUGGGCGGCGCACCGAAGGCGCGUCUACGCGACCCGGGCCACCGGGGCCCCAGGGCGGCGCUCCCGCGGCGCGCUCGGCGGCGGGGUUGGGCUGGGAGGAGCUUGGGCGGGGCGGAGCCUGGACGGCGGGAGCCGCCGUGCGGGGCUGGCGCCCUCGGAGCGGCGCGCGGCGCGGUGGGGGUGUCCCGGGCGGGCCGCGCACAGAUCCUGGGACCCUCGGACCCUCCGACGAGAUGGUGCGUUCCUCGGGAGUGGGGAGCGGGGCCACUCCCCCAGGCGGCCCCGGCGAGGCACCCAGAGCCCCCACCCCGCCAGCGAAAAGGCGGGGGCAGUCAGGCCGCGCUGUCUCGUUAAGACCGUGUUCCAGCUAACACCGACGGGCUCCUGGAGCAGGCGGUGAGACUAAGCAAGGCCAAAUUUUAAAGGGAGGAGAGUCCCCCACCUGGCUUCAGCGUCCACACGGCAUAGUCCUUCAUAAUCUCGGAAUGAAAACAGUGCUAUGUCCAUACUCUGGAAGCCUAAAUACCACCCACACCAUGUGGAAGGAAAGCAGAAAGACUGAGUGGCACAUCCUGCUGACCCCCUUUCUCCCAAACCACCUCCUGGGCAGACCCUUGCUCUGUACAACCCCAGCUCUGUGAGCUUCCUGUUUCUCCUGAGUAGUUAACUUCCAGGAUUUGGGGUUCCAGGGCUCUGGGGGAUAUGCACUGGAGAAAAAAUGAAUCCUGAAGAUCACCACUGACUCCCACCCUCCUACUUCUCCAGAUGCAGAGGCCUCCAUGGCUGUGAUAAGCCUUGUGUUCCUGGCAGUGAUGUAUGUUGUUCACCACCCCCUGAUGGUCAGUGACCGCAUGGACCUGGACACACUAGCCAGAAGUAGGCAGCUGGAGAAGCGGAUGAGCGAGGAGAUGCGCCAGUUGGAGAUAGAGUUUGAAGAGAGAAAGCGAGCAGCUGAGCAGAAGCAGAAGGCAGAGAACUUCUGGAGAGGAGACACAUCCAGUGAUCAGUUAGUGCUAGGGAAGAAAGACAUGGGCUGGCCGUUCCAGGCUGGUGGCCAGGAGGGGCCACUGAACUGGAUGCUGGGAAACCUGUGGAAUGCUGGCCUCUUUUGCCUUUUUCUCAUCUUUGAGCUCCUGCGACAGAACAUGCAGCAUGAGCCGGCCUUUGAUUCCAGCAGCGAUGAGGAGGAGGAGGAAGUCCGUGUUGUGCCUGUCACCUCCUACAACUGGCUUACUGACUUCCCCUCGAGGGAGGCCCUGGAAUCCUUUUACAAACACUCUGUCCAGAAUGUCACCCGUGAUCUGCCCUGCACCUGCGAGUUCGUGGAGAGCUUCGUGGACGACCUCAUUGAGGCCUGUCGGGUGCUCAGCCGCCGGGAGGCUCACCCACAGCUGGAGGACUGCCUGGGCAUUGGGGCUGCCUUUGAGAAAUGGGGAACCCUCCACGAGACCCAGAAAUUUGAUAUUCUGGUGCCCAUUGUUCCCCCGCAGGGCACUAUGUUUGUGCUGGAGAUGAGGGAUCCGGCCCUAGGCCGCCGCUGUGGCUGUGUGCUGGUGGAGUCGGAAUGCGUGUGCAAGCGUGAGAAGCUUCUGGGGGACGUGCUGUGCCUGGUGCACCACCACAGGGAUCACUCGGCCAUCUUGAGCAAGUGUAGCAGCUCCAUCAAGGUGGCUCUCUGCACCGGCUCCCACCUGGACGUGUGCAAGACGGUACAGUGGUUUCGGAACAUGGUGGGCAAUGCCUGGGCCCUUGUGGCCCACAAGUAUGACUUUCAGCUCAGCCUCCCACCGUCUACCACCUCCUGCAAGCUCAGGCUGGACUACCGCUCAGGCCGCUUUCUCUCGAUCCGCUUGGUCCUGGGGGUGCAACGGGAAGACACCUUGGUCUAUCUGGUGAGUCAGGCUCCUGACCAGGAACAGCUCACCAGCGUGGACUGGCCCGAGUCCUUUGCAGCCUGUGAACACUUGUUCCUGAAGCUGGUAGGGCGUUUUGCUCCAGAGAACACCUGUCACCUCAAGUGCCUCCAGAUCAUCUUAAGUCUCCGGGACCUUCAGAGCUUACCCCAGGGAGCAUCCCGUCCUGUCCUCACCUCUUACCACUUCAAAACAGCCCUCAUGCACCUGUUGCUGCGGCUGCCUCUAACGGACUGGCAGCACAGCAUGCUCUCCCAGCGGCUCCAGGACGUCCUUUGGUUCUUGGGCCGCGGCCUCCAGCAGAGGUCCCUCCACCAUUUCCUCAUUGGUAACACCUUCCUGCCCCUGACCAUCCCGAUCCCCAAGACAUUUCGGAAUGCUGAGCCCGUCAAUCUCUUCCAACACCUGGUGCUAAACCCCACGGCGCACUCGCAGGCAGUGGAAGAAUUCCACCACCUUCUGACCCAAGUGAAAACCCUACCCUGUGCCCCGUUGGCUGGGGCACAUUAAUGUAAAGGCCAUUAAAAAGGGGGAGAAGGUAUUUCUGAUUCCUCAGGCUGCCGGACAGUUUACUUUUUCAGACACAUCAGUGGUAUGUGUGACCCUCACCUUGCCAGUGGGGGGGGGGGGGGCUGUGAUAGAUAAGACACUUUAAGGAGCACCUGAAGUGCUCAUCAGGAUGGGGUCCAACCUAUAGGGCCUAAUCUAGGGUGUGCCUUCUGAGGUUUUCUUCUCCUGACUUUUUGCAUGACCCAAAGAGGGCCCAGGGAAACGGAUGUUAGGGGGCGAUCUCACAGCUAGAGUUGAGACCAGAUGGGGGCUGUGAGGUAUUUGUGUUCUGUAUCAACACUGGAAGUGAAAGAGAACCAGAGAAUACCUCCAUUCCAGCUUAUUCCUUUUUGUGAAUGACUCUGAGCACAUUCCUUGUAAACUGGUUUCCUUGUUGAAUUGUUAGCUUAAUUCACAUCCAAGCUGAUAGCACCAAGCAUUUUAUCCUAAAUACUGUGAAGGUAACGUCUCGUACUUUAGGAUCUAAUUUUUCAGACCUUCUCUGUUUGAAGAUAUAUCCAAGAUGUUUAUGUUCCAUUUUCUCAAUUUAGCCCUAUUUUCCUAUAGUAUAUGAAAUAGAACAUAAUAUAGCUCUUUUUAUGCAUCUGAAAGAAAACUCCAAUACUACCCAAGCAGUUCAUUAGCAUUGAUUCACAAAUAUGAAGUCAAUGGUGAUGUUUCAUAAUCGAGAUAAUGUAUUUACUAAAAUUAAUGAAAUAGUGUCUAACGAGCUUCUUGUGCCUGGAAGCAACGUUGCGGGGGGGGUGGUUUCUCAGAUGAACAAUUACCGUUUCUAAAGGGAGCCACUUGUUUGUCAAAUGAAAAGAAGGUUUAGCCACCAUGCGUGGCUGUGCUUUUUCUCAGUCUGUUAUUGCCUUUGUAUUCUUUUCAAAGAUGACAAAGGGAUUUUUUGAACUAUGUUUGUGGUUUUGCAAAGUGGGGCCAUCACAAUCCAGGCCUGUUGCCAGGGUCAGACAGGAAGAGACUGUGGAGCAGUUCAGCUCUAAAAGAGUUGUGAUUCUGGAGAUAGGAUUGGUGGAUUUUUCCCUUCUUUCAAAAUCCUGGGCAUCCUGAUGAGGAGGCUUAAGAAAAGUGACUAUAGCUGUGGGUGUGGUUGUUUUGGAAAAACAAUGCUGUUCCUGCCCUGCAUGCCAGGAAGAUCUGGGGACGAGAACCUGGCCCCACAUUUAACUCAGUCGCAGGGGGGUUUAGAUGGUGGCCUUGUGGGCUUUGGUUGUAUCCACACCCUCCCCACAGCAAAAAUAAAUUACAAAUUUAUGUCCCAGGAGUUGAUGCCAGUCAAUAUUUGAGACUCCAACUGCACAGUAAUGGUUGUGUUCCCAUGUUGUCUGCUGAUACCUGCCAGGUACUGCUUUCAAGUUAAGAUGCAGUGAUGGUUGGUUCCAUGCCAGUGGGAUUUUGAUGUUUUAUAAACAUCUAUAUUCUUUUUGUUUAGAAAAUAAUUUGCUGAUGUUUUAGUUCCAAAUCAAUAAAGGACUCUAUUUUGUGUGUCAGUUGGAAUCGAUGUAAUAACACCCACAGAAGAUCAGCAUUCUCACGUGCCUAUCCCCAGAUGUUCCUGUUACCCUGACAGCUUCAUCCAGUACAUCCUGGUAUUUCUUAAUGCACCUUGAACCAGUCUGCCCGGAGGUUUCCCAGUGGCAUGGCCAGGAGCCAGGAAAGAAUAAUUCAGAAUGUCAAGGAACAUCUAAGUUAUUCAUUCUCAUGGUGCCCAAACCAAAAUAUUAGCCAAUUUAAAAGAUCUUAGUGGCUACAAAAAAAACCAUGCAUAACUGUAGAAGGCAUAAAUCUGUCAAGUAGAAAGGCAGUAUUAUGUUCUAGCACUCUGAGGUUUCUAGUCUAGUAAGAGGUAAGAAAACAGGAGUGGGCAGAAGACUACAAAGGGAAUAGUCAGCGAAGCCUGGGUGCGGCCGAGGGUGUAAGAAAGAGUAUAGAAAAAACAAGUAGUAAUGGAAAGAACAGAGCUGUUGUGCUCUGGGAGUACUCUUACAAUGAAAGGGGAAACUUCUCCAGAUAAUUUAGGAAGCUGAGCUUUAUUCUAAAACAAUUCCUGGCUGGCACCCAGGAUAUAACAGCAGUUAUUGUAAUGGGAAUACUUCGCGUUCAUCGAGCAUUGCCAAUGGUCCUAAAUGCUUCACAUCUGGUAACUCAUUUAAUCCUCACACCAUAACUCCAUGAAGUGGGUACUUUAUCCCUUCCCUUUUUCCUAUGAGGAAGCCGAGGCACAGAAACGGUACACCACUUCCUCCAAGGUCACAUAGCUAGUAAAAGGCAGAGCCUGGAAGAAAGUACCUGUCCUCACAACCUUCCAGCAUGGUCUUGGGAAUAUCAAGACAUAGGGGUUAACAUGCUUUGAAAAGCGAAAAGCACUAUAUUAAUUUUAAGAUAAAGGCGGUAUGUCGUUUAGAAAUUCUAGAAGACGGGUGCCUGGGUGGCUCAGUCGUUAAGCGUCUGCCUUUGGCCGAGGUUGUGAUCCCAGGUCCUGGGAUCGAGCCCUGCAUUGGGCUCCCUGCUCGGCGGGAGCCUGCUUCUCCCUCUCUUCUCCCCCUGCUUGUGUUCCUUCUCUGGCUAUCUCUCUCUGUCAAAUAAAUAAAAUCUAAAAAAAGAAAAAAAAAGAAAUUCUAGAAGACAGAAAUUGUUGGUCUGUAGCCCAGUCUUUAGGUCAGGAAUUUCGUAUCACAUACAAAAAUUAAAGGCAUUUGCUCAGAGGCCAAAAUGAAUGUAAAGCCAUUUGAACUACAUGCCUGUUGGCCCCCAGUGGCUCAAUGGUUUAUAUCAUGAACUACAUUAUGAUAGAAGCCACCUGCAGGCUGGAAGAUCUGGGAAAAUUUGAAUCCAGAAGUUUGUUCAGGUAGCCAACUGAUAACAGUACUGCUCCUCACCUAAACUAAAGCUGUUUGCCAUUCAUUUUGGGGAAGUAGAAUCUUGGUGAGGAGUGAAAUGGGGAAAGGGAACGGCUCCGGCUUUUCUGGACGACAAGGAGUGGGGGAGUGGCUCGCUACUUUAGUUUUUGUACAGAGGAAUUGAGUGCUGCAUACCACUAAUACCACUGAUAAAUCAUUCAAUUUUUUGGCACCCCCCACAGAACUAACCCCCCAAAAAACAAAGACAGCAUUCAGAGCGCGUGGUGAAUGAGCCGCCUGCAGGGGGUGGAGCUGGUUUUGUCCCAGCACAGGGAGCCCUAAGCAGUCAGCUCACGAGGAGCCGUUGUAACCACCAAACAGCCUCAUGCCUCACCAGAUGGGUCACCCAGCAGUCUUCCUCUGCAGGGACUUCCAAGCCAGUUCUUCAGGGGUUUCUGAUUCAGUGCCACCUCCCACCCUCCCAACCCACACUGCUCCUCGUCGGUGCAGAGGAUCACAACCACUCUCCUCAAAUGCACUCAGCGCAGAGAAGGCAAGUGAGAUAACAGGGACCCCAGUGUACACCGAGCCAAUGGCCCCACAAGAGUUUAAUCUGUUACCUAAUUCCUCAUAGAGCCCAGUGAAGGGGUAUUAUCGUGACUGUUUUAUAAACGGAGAAGAAAAGGCGGCCCAGAGAGGUUCAGAUGCCCAACCUGGGAUUUAAACUUGUCUUCCGACUUCACUCAUGCAAUACAUAUUUAGUACUUGCUGUGUACGGGGCUAGCACUGGGCCCUGGGAAAUCAAUGGCGAGCAAAACACGGCUUCAUCCUCAUGCAGUUGACAAUCUAUGGAGGAGCUAGACGUGAAAUAGUCAUCCCAGUGGAUGUAAAAUUUCAACAGUGCCAAGUCCCACUAAAACCUCCAGUAAGGACACUUGAGUGUAUCAGGGAAGGCCUCCCUGAGGAAGUGAUGUGAGCUGAAACGUGACGGAAGCGAACUGGGCGAAGAUGGGGAUGAGGAGAGGAUGUGCAGAGGCCUGUGGCGGGAGUGGGCAGGAUGAGAGCGAGUCUGAAAGAAGGCCCAAGUGACCGGAGGGCAGGGAGCAAGGGAGGCAAGGUGCAAGAUGAGGUCAGAGAGGCUGCAGGGCCCAGACCCUGCAGGGCCUCCCAGAUCACUUUAGAAGUUCCCAGAGCAAUGGAACUUUGGAAUGGUUUGAGACUUUGGAAGGAACAAGUCAGAUUGGUACUUAUCAACUACCAUACAAGGGCCCAAUAAGAAGGGGGUCAGAGCAGGUGUGGGGCUGCAAGAAGGUAAUAUGGGUGAAAAAGAGAUGCAGGGUUGAGAUUCUUAGGAAGUGAAAAGAGCUCAACAAUAGAUUGUGUGUGGAGAAUGAGGCAUCCAGGAUGGCUCCUGGGUGCUGAUUUGGGUUCCUGGGUGGCUGGUAGAAUUCACUGAGAUGAAAAAUGCUGUAAACCUGCUUUCUUUUCUCGAUUCCACGCUGCCUUAUGCUAAAGAUUUGAUGGUGGUCACUGGGAGAACAAGUUUGUGCAAAAGCAAAUAGGCUUAAAAAAAAUGGUUUUCAACAAAGGGUAGCACUUUUAGGUUGCCAAAAUGACUGAGAGGCAUUGAUGGCAUUUAGUGGACAAAUGGUGUCCUACAAAGAGCCCCACAUGUCAAGAAUUGUUUCACCCUGAAUGCCAAUAGCACCCUUCAGGGGAAACACUGCAUAAAAUACCUGAUGUGUGUUAUAAGAAAUGAUAGGACGUUCUAGGGAUAUUUGGGGGAAUUGCCCUGGCAUUUCCUCCCACAAUACAACUCUUGGUUGGGCAGGGGGCGCCUGGGUGGCUCAGUCGAUUGAGCGUCUCCCUUCGGCAUGGCGUAUGAUC